CACCUCCACUCUCGGACGUUCAACGAGUCAACGACGCGACAGCAAUAUACCUGGUCAUCACUCAGUCAUUACCCACUCAAUAUGCCUUCCCCCGUCGGCAGGAUAGUUGUCCUCAAUGGCUUCCCAGGCACGGGCAAGUUCACUAUUCUUAAGCGAGCCAAAGAGCUCCUACCCGCCGACACGACCUGCCUUCUGGACAACCACCUGCUUAUCGACCCCGUUGUGACAGUCAUACCUGACCGGAGUGAUGAACACCACGAGCUGCGACGUAUGGUCCGGGCGCCUAUCUUUAAAAAGCUGCGAGAACGCGCACGGGAGGGUUACGUCAUCUUUAUGACCGCAUGCCUGGCCGAAAAUAACGAGAGGGAUACCGCCUUCCUUGAAGAACAUCUUGACAUAGCGCGCGGAACCGAUAUCCCUUUUUUCUGGGUGAAUGCCCAUUGCGAUCAGAAAGCCUUGGAACAGCGCCUCAGCAGCCCCGAGCGCUGCCAUGGAGCCAAGACGAAGCUUACGGAUGUGUGCGUCCUCCAGAACCUGCUGCGGGAGCAUUCUCUCAUUGAGCCGAGCAAGAUUGCGGACGGACCGGUGAAGUUGGUGGUGGAAACAUUGGACGUCAGCGGGCCGGUGGAAAUAUCUGUCAGCCAUCUAAUGAGCAUGAUUGAUUUUCCGCAAGGUGUUGUUCCAGCAUGCGCCUGAUUUCGGUAGAUACAGAGCGACUACUGUUGUUUGUGGGCAUGUUUGGGGCCCAAUAGGCGGGCACCCAGGUGCCCAAAUAACGGUCGCACCUAGGUGCCUAAAUAAUACAUAUUAGCCAAUCAAAUACCUCACGUAGCCG